CUCAGACCAGUCCUCUGGAGUCCAGGCACCAGGGCAGAGCAAGUUAAGACUCAGCCAGGAUAGAAUGAAAGGAGAGGUAAAAAUAGAAGAGUUGGGGGUUCACAUGUCAGUAGUUAGGGCUUGAGCCUGAAGGAAGUAAGGGUUAAACUUGAGACAGGACUUUAUAGAUAGACCCACAACUCUCCCGCCUUUAAAGCAGUCAGUGACAGGAUUCCCUAAGAGCUGUGUUGGGGUGCUGUAAGAAUUCCUUCAGAGCCAACACUGCCUACAAUAUUAGACUUGCAGCUACCUGUUUGAUUCACACCUCUAACAGUUUCUAGUGUUAAGCAAAAGAAUGCUGGCCCACUUGCUGUCGUUCGGCCGCUCUCUGGUGCGUAGGAAGAAUGUGGACUGUCUGGAGGACUCCAAGCUGUGCCGCUGCCUCUCUACGGUGGACCUUAUCGCCCUAGGAGUGGGCAGUACGCUGGGGGCUGGAGUCUACGUACUCGCUGGAGAGGUUGCUAAGGGCAACUCAGGCCCCAGCAUUGUGGUGUCUUUCCUCAUUGCUGCCCUGGCCUCCGUAAUGGCAGGCCUGUGCUAUGCUGAGUUCGGUGCUCGGGUGCCCAAGACAGGCUCAGCUUACCUGUACAGCUAUGUGACUGUAGGAGAACUCUUGGCCUUCAUCACAGGAUGGAACCUCAUUCUCUCCUAUGUUAUAGGAACCUCAAGUGUUGCCAGAGCUUGGAGUGGAACCUUUGAUGAACUAAUUGGGGGCCAUAUAGAGAAAUUCUGCAUAACAUACUUCAGAAUGAACUUGCCUGGUCUAGCAGAAUACCCAGACUUCUUUGCAGUUUGCCUUAUCUUACUGCUUUCAGGUCUUCUUUCCUUCGGCGUUAAAGAGUCAGCGUGGGUCAACAAAGUUUUCACAGCUGUAAAUGUGCUCGUGCUUAUGUUUGUCAUUAUAUCUGGGUUCGUCAAAGGAGAUUCUCUCAACUGGAACAUAUCUGAAGAAUCCCUCAUAAAUGUCACUAUUGUGACAAGGAAUUUGUCCUACACUGGAAAUGUCACUAGUGAUUAUGGAGCCGGAGGAUUUUUGCCUUAUGGCUUUGGAGGAACACUAGCUGGUGCAGCCACAUGCUUCUACGCCUUUGUAGGAUUUGACUGCAUUGCAACCACAGGUGAGGAGGUGAAGAAUCCUCAGAGGGCAAUUCCCAUUGGUAUAGUUUCCUCCCUGCUGAUUUGCUUCUUGGCUUACUUUGGUGUGUCUGCUGCCCUCACCCUCAUGAUGCCUUACUAUCUUCUGGAUGAGAAGAGCCCACUACCUGUGGCCUUUGAAUAUGUUGGCUGGGGACCUGCUAAAUAUGUGGUGGCAGUGGGCUCACUGUGUGCACUAUCAACCAGUCUGCUGGGCUCCAUAUUCCCAAUGCCACGUGUAAUCUAUGCUAUGGCAGAGGAUGGGGUGCUUUUCAAAGUGUUAGCCCGAAUCAAUCCUAAGACGAAGACCCCACUUAUUGCCACAAUGACCUCCGGUGUAGUUGCAGCUAUCAUGGCUUGCAUUUUUGACCUCAAAGCCUUAGUGGACAUGAUGUCUAUUGGAACCUUGCUGGCCUACUCUCUGGUAGCUGCUUGCGUUCUUAUUCUCAGGUAUCGUCCAGACUCUGUACUUGAGAACAGCAGGAUGAAUAAAGAGGGAGAGGAGUCAGAGCUGACUGAGUCUGAGUCUCACCUCAACAGGCUGAAGGAUGGAGAGAUGACACUGCAGUCGCUCCUCAGCCCCUCUCUGCAGCCCACAAAAGGCUCCUCCAAUGCCGUCAACAUUGCUGUUGGGGUCAUAGUUGUCACAGUAUGUGUGAUCAGUGCCAUCACUACACAUUACGGACAGGCUAUUCUCAGCAUGGUGCCCUGGGUCCUGGGAACACUAGCAGCGUCCUUUGUUGUGUUUUUCAUAUGCAUCAUCUUGGUCUGUAGACAGCCACAGACAAGCAAGAAGGUGUCCUUCAUGGUCCCGCUCUUACCCUUUCUGCCCAUUCUGAGUAUAUUUGUCAAUGUUUACCUCAUGGUGCAGCUGAGUGGAGACACGUGGAUCCGUUUUUCUGUCUGGAUGGCUGUGGGUUUUCUCAUUUAUUUUGGAUAUGGUAUGUGGCACAGCAGUGAGCUCCAGAGACAAAGGCAGGCCGCUAAUGCUGCGCCAGAUAAAAAGGCGAUGCAAAAAAAGGACGCCGCUGUGGAAAAGUUUGUCCAUCCAGAGAAAACCAGUCAGUUUUAAAAAAUUAAGAAUUAUGUCUUAUGACUGUUUCUCUUAUCAGCCAUUGGGCUUUGUUAACCCCUUGACCAGCUGACAGUCCAGCUCUGCUCUGGACCUCCCCUAACAGGCCCGGUCUGGGCACGCUGCAGAGAAAUGUUUUGCCGCUUUUCUCUUAAGAUUGAUAUCCUCAUGAAUGAUGUGAUGCUUGAAUGUUAUUAUAAUGCACAAUGUAUGAAAUAUGAAUGUAGUUCUCAGUCAGCACUGUGCAUUUUAAUGAGGAGAGAGGAAGACAGUCUCAAAACGAGUGAUUGAGUUUAACAUAGUGACAUACUAACUGUUGCCUCCAGUUGUAGUAUACUUGUACGCAAUACCUUUAAAGGAAUACUCCAUUAUUCUCCAACCUAAUCUCUGUCUGCCACAUCUAUAGCAUACUGUUACCAUGGGCAGUAAUUUCCUUGUAUUUACAAAAGGAUUGCACAGCCUUUGAUAUAAUGGGAGUCAAUGGGCCGGUGCAGGAGCGGCCAUUAUAAAUGUGUUUUCAGUAGUGUUGUUCACAUGUUCAUAGCAUGUUAAAAUGCCUAAAGAGUAACACCACUGCUUUUGUAUUUAUAUACUAACUUCACUGUAUAUGCAUUUUUCUUUGAAUCAUCCUUUGAAUCAUCCAUAGUUCCACCCUGAAGCCCAGCUGUUUGCGUGCAAUUGCUAUGACACUGCAACUGUAGCCCUCUCAUUUAAACACAGCUUUUAAAUGGUAAGUUCCAUUGAUGACCCCCUUGACAAAACUAAACAAAAUGUCCAACUACUGACAAGCCAUGAAUUUGUUCAUCAUGGAAGUACAUUGAGUCUUAAGUAAGCAAAACACAAUGCUGAUACCAGUAAUACCAGUAACAUCAAUAAUGCUAGCAGAUGCCUUCAGCAGUUUACGCUGGACAGUGCUUGCAGGAGAUCUAUGGAUAAACCAACAAGGAACAAACUAACAAAAUCCAUAGCAAAGUGUAAAGCUCUAGUUCCCCUCGAGACAUAACAUAGUGGUGUGAGAGCAAGAGGCUACAGUUGUGGAAGAGUUGGAACAUGCAGCCGCUGUUGCUCUCACUGGACAUUGGUGAUGAAAAUUGGAAACUACGUUUAGACUACGGAAAAAGCAUGAUUUUCAUGUUCAACCCUGCGUUCAUGUGAUGAAAAAAUAUUGAAAAGUAGUAAAUACAUUCUGAUGAAGCUUAUUUUGUCCACUCAUAUAGCUAUGACAUAAAUGUACAGUAUGCAUGUACUGUACAGUUUGAGCAAAUAGAGCCCUAUUCAAGCUGGAAUCGGUCUGGUGGUAGAGGUGGUUUAAUUUGAAAGAGGUUCGGCAGGCCGAUUUGUAUAGGACAAAGUAAUUACCCUAAAUGAUCUCAGAUAGCCAGGGUCGAAUUGUCAUCAAGGAUUUGUUAUUAUACUAACAUUAAGGAUGAUUCAAAAAGGACUAAUAUGACUGAUGGAGCUCUGAGUUACAGAUAAUUUGCUUCAGAAUUAUUACUAAGCAAACUUGGAAAUGGAGGAUUUGUACUGGAUUAAAAUCAUGAUGUCUUUGGUUAGCACUCAAAUUACAGAACCCUUCCAAGUAAAACUAAUCCAGCUUGAACAGGGUUUAAUGCAAACGUGAUUAUUGCAAUUACCCACACAAAAUAUAGCGAUUAAUUAUGAUUCAUUAUUUUAAUUGUUUGACAUUUUUUAUCAUAUAAGCACAGAGAAAUGUCAAAAUUAUGCUACAGAUGUGGCAGAUAGAGAAUAGGUUAAAAAAAUGGGAGUAUUCAGAUGGUGAACAGACAGCUCAGAGAGUGUUUGCCAGUGGUAGAAUAGCAUUGUCAAAAUUGACCAUUGAUUUACUAAUGUAGUUACUCUGAGUUACUUCACUUUUUCUUAAAUCUACUGACCAUGACCAGUAUUUCCAGUAUUUCUACUAAAAAUAUAUGUAUAUAUUUUUCACUGUUUUCUUUCCCUUAGCGCUUUGUUAAAGAUAACAAAAAAAGAAGAAAGUCACAUUCACUUCAAAGACAUUUUUUUUUCAUCUUAAUACAGUGUGGUGUACCCGUGUCUAUACUAUGCUGCAGAGUUGAUGGUGUCACUUUUUAGCAAAGUGGCGUGUAGUAUAAUUAGAAUGUAUGCAGCUCUAUUUUGGUAGUCUAACUCUAAGGUUACAUUCCUUGCUCUGUUUAUGUUAUAGAUUGUCGUGUCUUGUUUUGCCGUGGUCACUGUAGAUAUAGUCAAGUCCAAACAAAUAUUCUUACAGACUCACAAAAACAGUAUAAAAAGAAUCAAGCAUGUUUGUCUUUACCCAGAGCACAGAGAGAGUGUUAUGUAUGUAAGUAUUUUGUAAUAGAAUGUGAUAUUAAUAGCCUUUUUUGUCUUUCUUUGUCAUUUGUAGAGGUAUAAAGACGUAUAUACAAGUGUAAAUAUUUGAGAACAAGAAUGGAACAGUUAUUUGAUGAAAAUGUCUGCGUUGGUAAUAAAGCACCAGCUUUUGUCUGUUUUGCCAAAUAAUCCAUGGGUAUUUAUAAUGUGGCCUUUAUGCAUUUUUUCAUCUAUUUCAAUUGAAGUGCUUUCACCCCUACAGACUGGCACUCCAAGUGUGCUCUGUGUGUCUUACUGCUGUACAUCACUACUGCUUAUAGUCUUAUAGUGUGAUCUAAUGAUCUAAUGAUCCACAUCACUGAUACUUUAAUUGACUGCUGAUACGCUGGAAAAAUAAUGCACUGAAUUCUUUUUUUUUUCAAAUGUGUACAUUAUUUCUACAUGAAUAAAAUAUAUAUAAUGCCAUUACACAUUUAUCUUUCAGUUUACUCUAUUUUAUUCAUCUAGAAAUGAUCUGCACAUUUGCAUAAAGCAGAUUCAGUGCAUUUGACCUUCACAAGAAAUGCUGAGCUGCUUGUUAUGAACCAGUGUUCAGUCUGCACCACUGUUGUAAGAUUCAAAUGGCUUGAACAUUGAGACCCUUAGGAAGCUUGUGCUCAAAGUCAUCCAGAGAUUUCUGCUCAAAUACUGUUGGCUUUGUAUCAUUUGUAAAAGUGAUCCUUCUGAAUUUCUUCUGUAAGACCUGUACAGUGCCUUUUGAAAUAAACAGUAGUCUUAAUAACAUGA